AUGUACGAGAAGCAGCUACCAUCCUUGCCUCCUCUGUCCCUUCAGGACCAGGUGCCUCCCCAGGCAGUAGUCGCCCCAUUCCAACCGCCCUCUCAGAGGCACCCACUCGGCCAUAUCAGUCAGCAGGCCCAGCCAGAAGGUGGCAUCCUUACAUCCCUCAAACAAGAGAUUCUCAAACUGCGCAGGGAGAAUGAUGCACUGCGGCGCUCCAUGGUCGAGAAAGAAAACAAAAUCGAGAUGCUCCAGAAACUGAAUUCCCAACAUCGACAACGGAUGGACGAGCAGACUCGUCAGACGUCUCAGCUCUUCCAGACUAUCCACUCCGCCCUCAAGAAUUACCGGGAUGAUAAGAAAGACCAGGCCGGGCACCUUACAAAAGGAUCCUCCGAGAAAAUUAUGUCCGGAGCCUUCAGUGACCGUGGUUAG